AUGCUCUUGAAUUUGGCAUACAUUUUACGUUUGGAGUGGAAUAGUUGUGUAAAAUAUAUUGAAUCAAACAGCAAUCCCUUGGCGAUAGUGGACCUCAACGAAAGUACUGAUGAUGCCGAUUAUGUUACAAACUCGCAGAUCGAUGCCAUCGAGUUGACAUACAUACGUUGUCAUCAAUAUUUGGCCAAUAAAUUGAAUAAUGAGUUGCUACAAAUUGCCGCCUCAAAUGCGGACAGCGAUUGUGAUCGACAUGUAGAGCAAUUUCUCAAUGGUAAAAUCGAUGUACAAACAUUUUUAAAUAAUUAUACGCAUUCAAAGAAAGUAAGCGCCGAACGCAAAGCCAAAGAAGAGCGCUUGGGUCACCAACUUAGCGCAUUGGAACGUGCCGGCAUUUAA